AUGCCUCGAGAUCCUAAUUUAUCUAUUGAUACAACUAUUACUAAAAGAGUUGAUAAUAAUCCAGCUCCAGUGGUAGAUGAAGAAUCUGAAGAAGAUGACUUAUCCCCCUCUCCUGUAAUCGAUGAAAAUAUCGAUUUUUCUUUAGUAUAUGCGUUACAUAAUUUUAAAGCGACAGUCGAAGGGCAAAUUACUGUUAUUAAAGGUGAUUCUCUAACUUUAUUGGAUGAUUCGAAUAGUUAUUGGUGGUUGGUUAAAAUUAUGAGAAAUGAUGAUAUCGGUUAUAUACCUGCUGAAAACAUUGAGACACCAUAUGAACGAUUAGCGAGAUUAAACAAGAGUAAAAAUGUCAUUUUAAGCUCAUCACAUAAUAACACUGAAGAAGAUAAUUCAGAUAUUAUGUCAAAAAAAUAUCAGAGAGGCCGAAAAAUUGUUUAUUUUACGUCACCUGAAUUUAUAGAUACGACAACAAAAGAAGAACCUGUAGAAGACAAUCAAAGUAUUACAAUAUCAACAACAGCUUCAACACAAGUCGAUGGAAAUGAUCAACAAAAUGGUGAUUCAAAUAUUGUUAUGGAGCCUACCAACUUAACAGAACAAAAUAUGCAACAAGAUAUAAAUAAAAGUAACGAACAGUAUGAUUAUAUAGAUCAAAGAUCGACAACACCAACCGCGAGAAUAUUUAAAAAUUUAUUUAAACGGAAAAAGAAACCUAAACAAACUAAACAACAAUCAACUUCUAAUUCUCGAAAGAGAUCUGAUUCACAAUCUUUACAAACACAACAAAAUCAAAUUCAACCUGAAAAAAUCACUCGUGAAUACCAUGUUGUUCGUGUUUUUGCUGGUCGAAAUUUGUCAACCAAUUUCGAUUCUAAAAUUGUUUUAUUAAGUGAAGCCACAAAUACAACUUCACUUAUUAAACAAGCAAUACGUCGCUUUAAAUUAAAUGAUGAAAAUUUUGAUAAUUAUUAUAUUAGUAUAAAAGAAAUAAAUAAAGAGGAAAAAUCUUUAAUGUCAAAUCAUUAUCCACUCAAAAUUUUCAUGUCAUCAAUGUCAUCAUAUUCAACGACUUUGCCAUCUGUUAAAAGAUCUUCUGUUUCUUCUAAUCUUUCAAAUAUAUCAAGUGAUGAAUCGAUUA